CCAGUCAGAGAACCGUUUAAUGCUGCGCGUCCCCAGUUGCCGCUACAAUGAGGAUGUAGACCUAAACCCAAAGCCUGCAGCUGGGGUUCCCUGCACAGAAGCGCCACUGCGCAGGAUAGAUGGGAGAGGGAGGGAGAGAGGAGAGCUGAGACAGAAGGGAAAGAGAAUCAGAGUUGCCACAUCCCUGCUCAGGGUGAGCAUGUACGCGCGAUCCUGCCGCCCUGCUUUGGACACCAGGACUAAAAUCAGCACAACUUCCAAACUCCACCUUUGCAGAAAAUCUUUUUUCUUCUUCUGUGGCGCGCAUGGAUAGUAGAAAAAGCCCAACUUUUACGAGCAGACGCCAUCAGUGCAUCUGUGAAGUUUUGCCUUAGGUGACAGUUACAAAGGGCCUGUGUUGAAGCCUCAAGUCACCAGUAACCCUCUUUGCCAGCUUUAAUGUCAACUCUCUGGCUUGGAAGUGGCAGGAAUUAUCCCGCUUUUAGGCUCCAAUCAGACAAAAAGAAGAGCAACGCAGCAGAAAUGCAGAGCUUGUUCCAGGGUCUGACUGCUCCCGUGUUCUGGUGAAAGGCGGGGUCAGUGUGGAUAAAACCCUGAAGGUUUUGACAUUUAAGCUUUCCAUUUUGCUCCUCUUCUGGUUUGCCUGCUUUCUUGGACGGAGGCCCACACGAUGGGUCGGCGUUGCUCAGGCAUUCGCAGCGCUCUGGCCCUCGUGGCGCUCCUGUUUGUCUCACAGAGCGGGAGCUGCUGGGGACUGAAUUCCCGCUCGGGGGAUCCGGACAAGUCCCCUCCGUCUGAUCCAGACCCCUGGGAGGUUCAGCAAAGACACAAACGCAGCUGGGUAUGGAACCAGUUCUUCGUAUUGGAAGAGUACACAGGAAAUGAACCACUCUAUGUUGGCAAGCUACACUCAGAUGUGGAUAAAGGCGACGGCAAGGUCAAGUAUGUGUUGACUGGAGAGGGCGCCACCUCCAUCUUCACCAUUGACGAGAAUACGGGAGACAUUCACGCCACCAAGCGUCUCGACAGAGAGGCCCAGGCUUACUACACCCUUCAAGCUCAAGCCGUGGACCGGUUCACCAACUUGCCUGUGGAGCCCAAGUCUGAGUUUGUGGUCAAAGUGCAGGACAUCAAUGAUAAUGAGCCCAAGUUUGUUGACGGGCCGUACCUGGCAGGGGUACCAGAAAUGUCACCCUUAGGAACCAUGGUGGUGCAAGUGGAAGCCACAGAUGCAGAUGACCCAACAUAUGGCAACAGCGCCCGGGUGGUCUACAGCAUCGUCCACGGACAGCCAUACUUCUCAGUGGAGCCCAAAACAGGGAUCAUCAGAACAGCUCUGUCCAACAUGGACAGAGAGACGAGGGACCAGUACGUGUUGGUUAUUCAGGCCAAAGACAUGGUCGGGCAAAUGGGAGGCCUGUCCGGCACCACCACCGUCACAGUGACACUCACAGAUGUCAACGACAAUCCACCACGUUUCCCUCACGAGAGCUAUGAGUCCACAGUUCUGGAGUCACUCCCUUUGCAAUCUGUGGUGGCCAGAAUCAAAGCAGCAGAUGUUGAUAUAGGCUCCAACGCAGAGAUCGACUACAGGAUCAUGGACGGUGACGGACCCGGCAUGUUCAACAUAACAACAGAUGAGGACACACAAGAGGGGGUCAUUAUCCUCCAAAAGCCGCUGGACUUUGAGACAAGAAGUAGCUUUGCUUUGAAAAUCGAAGCCACAAACAGGAAUAUCGACUCCAACUUUUUGAGUUUGGGCCCCUUUAGUCACACAACAUCAGUCAAGGUAACAGUGGAAGAUGUGAACGAGCCACCAAUCUUUUCCUCUCCACUGAGCCAGAUGGUCGUAUCAGAGGACGCCAAAAUGGGCACCUCCAUAGGAAGAGUCUCAGCUCACGAUCCAGAUACCUCGAACAGUGCAAUCAGGUACUCCAUAGACAGGAACACAGACUUAGAGCGCUUCUUCAAUGUGGAUGCUUUAAGUGGAGUCAUCAGCACAGCCAAGCCUUUGGACCGUGAAGCAAACUCUGUCCAUAACCUCACCAUCUUUGCCAUUGAGAGCCAGGAUCCAACCCAGAUUGGGAAAGGCUUUGCUGUCGUCAAGGUGCUGGACAUAAACGAUAACGCCCCGCUUUUUGCCAUGGACUACGAAACUCUGCUGUGUGAAAACGCCAUGGCAGGACAGAUGAUCCAGACCAUCAGUGCGGUGGAUAAAGAUGAACCUCCCAACGGCCAUCGCUUUUACUAUGCCCUGGCCGAGCCCGUCGCCACCAACCUCAACUUCACUCUACGAGAUAACAAAGACAACACGGCGUCCAUUCUGACGAAGCGUGGGGGCUUCAGGAGGAGGGAGCAGCCGGUGUAUCGGCUGCCAGUGUUGAUAGUGGACAGUGGCAGUCCCGCGCUGAGCAGCACAAACACGCUGUCGGUGCGUGUGUGCGAGUGCGACUCUGAUGGCGUGGCCUUGUCAUGUGGAGCCGUGGCCUACACGGCGACUGGUCUCAGCACUGGUGCCCUCCUGGCUAUUCUGGGCUGCAUCAUCACACUCCUGGUGAUGGUUCUGCUAAUCGUGACAAUGCGCCGCAGGAAGAAGGAGCCUCUCAUUCUGGAAGAGGAGAGGGACGUCCGAGAGAACAUUGUUCGCUAUGAUGACGAGGGAGGGGGCGAGGAAGACACGGAGGCCUUUGACAUGGUCACCCUGCGCAACCUUAAUGUCAUCAGAGACCCCAACGUGCGGCGAGAUGUCACCCCUGACACCCCCACCUUCUUUCAUUACCCGUCAGCCUCCCGCCCAGCUUACAAGAACCUUCCAGACAACGUGGUAUUUCGAGAGUUUAUCUGGGAGCGGCUGAAGGAUGCCGAUGUGGACCCAUCGGCGCCCCCUUACGACUCUCUGCAAACGUACGCCUUUGAAGGCAGCGGCUCAGUGGCAGAGUCGCUAAGCUCACUGGAGUCGUUAAGUACGGACUCGGAUCAGAACUAUGACUACCUCAGCAACUGGGGCCCACGCUUUAAGAAGCUGGCCGAUCUAUACGGCAACAGCGAAGGUGCCAGCGUCUUCUCAUAGCCCCUAAAUGUGUCUCGUAACAUCUCUUGGACUUUCAAAUGUUUGAGUAAAUUAUUGUCAGAGAAAAUGAAUUUGUCUGCCUCGGUGCUUGGAAAGAAAGAUUCAAAGACAAGACAAGAGAUUGAAAGAAAAACGCUGUGACUUCAAAGGUCUUUGGUUUGUUUACCUACCUGUUUGGAUUUUCAAAAGCCCGCCAUGGUGAGUUUUGACACAGACUUCAAAAGUGGCUUGACUGUGGAAGAAACCUUGUGUGAAAAAGACAUUAAAGGUUUCAGAUUUUGGGUUGAGUCCAAAUGUUGACUCCAGAAUGCAUUACAUGUCGGAGUGUUUUUUUACGGGGAGGCACCUGUCCUUUCAUUCCAGAGAUGGGCGCAGGCCCAGCACUCCUGCUUUGAUGCAUUCCUUUGCCAUCCUUGUGCUAGAAAAACAUUAAAGUUUCUCAUGAAAUGCGGCCUCUCUGGCAGCUAGUCGGCAGUCACGUGACUGCCCAUGUGAAACGCCAGAAAGGUUUUUAAUGCUGUUUUAUUUAUUUUUUUUCCGGCUUUCUUUGUUGAAAAAAUGUUUUUUUCCAUAAACAUUUCCAUUUGGAACCACAUGUAGAACGACUCGGUCACAGGAAGUGCACCUGUGCACAAACAGUUCAGUAUAAUGAAGUAGUACAUGUGCAAAGGAAGUGAUGUGGAUGAUGAAGAGGAAGCGGUUUGUUCCCUCCAAAGCAAAACACAAUUUCUCUUCUAACAAAACAUUCUGCAGAUGUUGCGAUGUAGUGUGUGUCUCUGUCUGUUUCUUCUUCCACCUUUCUAUUGCCAAGUCCAAUGUAUAAUUUCUCAGCGAUUAUCUGUCAGGAUUUAGUUGUUCUGCUUUUGUAAGAAGCAAGUGGACCUUAGAACCUUUUUCUACUCUUGAAAGUUGUACUGAUGGAUCUGUCCUUAUUGUGCUUGAGAUUCGCGCUACCUAGACUCUAGAAAGACAAAAAAAAUAACUUUCUGAAGUGACAGUGCUUACUGGGUGAAGUUGCAGUUUGUAAGUAAAUACAUUUUGCUUCUAUAGUUUGCAGAAUACAACAUUUACUGUUAAUGAACAAUGAAGGAAGAACACAUUUUGAUCUGAGGACACACUGUAUGAUAAUCAUAUGUGCCAUUUUUUUCAUCUUAAAAUUAUUAUCCUAGUAUUAGUUGUACAAACGUGCAACUAAUAUGUAUUCUUAUUUAUAAUAAAGAGCCGGAACUGUGCGAAUUCUGUUUUUAUCCAAUUGCUGAAAAUAAAAUUUACAUUCAGUUCCUUUAA